CCUGGCGCUCUCAAGUUUCCUGUUGGCAGCGCGGCCGGGCGUUUCAGGUAGCGGCGGACAGGCCUUGGGUAGCCGGCGGCGGCCCGAUCGGCGCCCCACUGUUGCCCGCUCCUCGCGCUCCUCCGCUCGGCGCCCAGGGGAGAAUUUCCAGCCCAGACUUUUCCUGCUCCCAGAUAUGCAAAGCAGAGACCUCCCACCCCAGUCUCGGCAGGCGGGACCCAGCUAGCUGCUCUUCCACUGACUCAGCUCAGCCUCCAAGGGAAGCACACAGCAUCUGACCCCAGCGUGUCGCCUCUGUGGCAUCCUCAGAAUCAGUCAUGGAGACUCCAGCACCAGGCUCAGCCGAAAUGCCUCGCCAAUUCCCCAAGCUGAGCAUCUCUGAAAUGGACGAGCAAGUCCGGAUCCUGGCCGAGAAGGUAUUUGCUAAAGUGCUCCGAGAAGAGGACAGCAAAGAUGCCCUGUCCCUCUUCACUGUCCCUGAGGACUGCCCCAUCGGGCAGAAGGAAGCCAAGGAGCGGGAGCUGCAGAAGGAACUGGCGGAGCAGAAGUCUGUGGAGACUGCGAAAAGAAAGAAAAGUUUCAAGAUGAUCCGGUCCCAGUCCCUGUCUCUUCAAAUGCCAGCACAGCAAGACUGGAAGGGUCCCCCAACGGCCAGUCCGGCCAUAUCUCCUGCAACCCCGGUGCUCCCUGGAGCCACUUCCCAGCCCACGCCAGCACCUUAUGCCAUGCCUGAGUACCAGCGGGUCACCAUCAGUGGAGAUUACUGUGCUGGGAUCACUGUGGAGGACUAUGAGCAGGCUGCCAAGAGCCUGGCCAAGGCCUUGAUGAUCCGGGAGAAGUAUGCCCGGCUUGCCUAUCACCGUUUCCCAAGGACCACAGCCCAGUACCUGGGUCAUCAGCGAGUUGACACUGCACCCUUGGAAGAGGUUCUCCCAGACUUCCACCCUCCCCCACUGCCCCAGGAAGACCCUUACUGCCUAGAUGAUGCACCCCCCAACCUGGGCUACCUGGUCCGCAUGCAGGGGGGCAUCCUCUUCGUGUAUGAUAACGAAAAGAUGCUGGAGUGCCAGGAGCCCCACAGUCUGCCCUACCCUGACCUGGAGACCUACACGGUGGACAUGAGCCACAUCCUGGCUCUCAUUACUGAUGGCCCCACGAAAACAUAUUGUCACCGACGACUGAACUUUCUGGAAUCCAAGUUCAGCCUUCACGAGAUGUUAAAUGAAAUGUCUGAGUUCAAGGAGUUGAAGAGUAAUCCCCACCGAGAUUUCUAUAAUGUGAGAAAGGUGGACACCCACAUCCAUGCAGCUGCCUGUAUGAACCAGAAGCACUUACUGCGCUUCAUCAAGCACACGUACCAGACGGAGCCCGAUAGGACUGUGGCUGAGAAGCUGGGCCAGAAGAUUACCCUGAGGCAGGUGUUUGACAGCCUGCACAUGGACCCCUACGACCUUACUGUGGACUCACUAGACGUCCACGCGGGCCGGCAGACAUUCCAUCGCUUUGACAAGUUCAACUCCAAAUACAACCCUGUGGGAGCCAGUGAGCUUCGUGACCUGUAUUUGAAAACUGAAAACUACCUAGGAGGAGAGUACUUUGCUCGGAUGGUCAAGGAGGUGGCCAGGGAACUGGAGGAGAGCAAGUAUCAGUACUCAGAGCCUCGGCUCUCCAUCUAUGGCCGCAGUCCUGAGGAGUGGCCUAACCUGGCCCGCUGGUUCAUCCAGCACAAGGUCUACUCACCCAACGUGCGCUGGAUCAUCCAGGUGCCCCGGAUUUAUGAUAUAUUUAGGUCAAAGAAGCUGCUGCCAAACUUUGCGAAGAUGCUGGAGAACAUCUUCCUGCCCCUUUUCAAGGCCACGAUCAACCCCCAAGAUCACCGGGAGCUUCACCUCUUCCUCAAAUAUGUGACAGGGUUUGACAGCGUGGAUGAUGAGUCCAAGCACAGUGACCACAUGUUCUCGGACAAGAGCCCCAGCCCUGACAUCUGGAGCAGCGAGCAGAACCCGCCUUACAGCUACUACCUGUACUACAUGUACGCCAACAUCAUGGUGCUCAACAACCUCCGCAGGGAACGAGGCCUCAGCACGUUCCUGUUCCGGCCUCACUGUGGGGAGGCCGGCUCCAUCACUCACUUGGUGUCUGCUUUCCUAACUGCUGACAACAUUUCCCAUGGGCUGCUUCUCAAGAAGAGUCCAGUACUGCAGUAUCUCUACUACCUUGCUCAGAUUCCCAUUGCCAUGUCUCCUCUUAGCAACAACAGCUUGUUUCUGGAAUAUUCUAAGAACCCUCUGCGGGAAUUCUUGCACAAGGGACUGCACGUUUCUCUCUCUACCGAUGACCCCAUGCAGUUCCAUUACACGAAGGAGGCACUCAUGGAGGAAUACGCCAUUGCGGCUCAAGUGUGGAAGCUGAGCACAUGCGACCUGUGCGAGAUUGCCAGGAACAGCGUGCUGCAGAGUGGCCUCUCACAUCAGGAAAAGCAAAAGUUUUUGGGAGAGAAUUAUUAUAAAGAAGGACCUGAAGGAAAUGAUAUUCGAAAGACAAACGUUGCCCAGAUCCGGAUGGCUUUCCGAUAUGAGACCUUAUGCAAUGAGCUCAGCUUCCUGUCUGAUGCCAUGAAAUCAGAGGAGAUCACAGCCCUGACCAAAUAGGUCCAGCACUCAACAUGCACCUUCACUUUUGGUUUACUUCAGGUCUGCUGGGCCUAGCAGUGGUCAAGAUACCAAACUAGGACUUUCCUCUAUGAAGAGGAGGCCUCUGAAGAAAUUUCAUACUCAUCAUUUUGGUUGCACUCUUCACUUUAAUAUCGAACAUGCUCACCUGUGUUAGUAUUUCUGAGAGAGAGAUGGUGACUUCUCCAGGAUAUAGGAUAUGGCACUUGUCUGCACUUGUCCUAAUUUUCCACCUAUUUUGCUUGUAACCACCUGUGUUUGAAUUGUUGGGGCCAGGAUUUUCCAAGGCCAUAUGCCAAGUGACAUGAGGUCCGUGAGGUUUCUUGCUACACCACUCUGCAGGCUAAUUGGUAGUUGUUCAUUUCAGUCUCUGGCUGGCUCGCUGCCUUAAACAAAAUCAACUUCAAAGUUGCCUUUCAGAAAGGGGCUAUUUUGAGACAAGACAGAAGACUCCCUUUUUGACAAUUUGUGUUUAUUUUAAAUGAAUUUCUUAACCUCUUUAAUUUAGCCAUCCAUCAUCCUUUCUAGUUAGGAAGCCAAAUGUACUCACUAACACAGUCACUCCUGUUCUGUCUUGGUUUCCAUAUCUAGGAGGUGAGGGUAUUCAAAUACAUUCUAUGAAUCCUCCUCAUGGAUCAGUGUUGGGGAAGAAAUAUGGUAGCAAGGUUCUAGGGGCUCAGUGGUUUCUUCAGUCUUACAUGGGGACUGUUAAAACAUAAGAUUUUCACUUGGACAAGGGUCUGUGAAAAGCAGAGGACCAGAUGAUCUCUGUUCCUUUUGGCACUAAUAUCCUAUAAUUGUAGCCCAAAUAUUUUACCCACAAUAAGGUCAUACAACUCAUGAUUAGAACAAGGAGGCCUUGUUCCUAAUUCAGUCCUUUCCUCACUAUUCCACUAGGCCUCACGAAUAUUAGAUUUUUUAAAAAUCCCUGUAACAUUGUGCGUUUUAUGUUAAAAGCAACAUUUCUCCCUUACCUCAUAUGAACAUUUCCUCAGAAGAUAUAGUGUGCCAGGGCCAGGUAGAAAGCAUUCUUGAAGACUAAUCUGAGUUAAGCUUUAUCAAUGUAUUCUUCAUCUUCAUCUGUGUUACUAGUGCCUGGUAAAUAGUAGGUGCUAAAUUACGCCAUAUAGAAAAACUGAAUGAAUUUUUCUUUUGGCAACUAUGUGUUCUGAUGACUCAACAAGCUGUUCAAAGACCUUCUGAUCUAUUUAUAGACAAAUUCAGAUGCUGGGAAAUCCUCUUGAAUUAUUAUAAAGUUAGAACCCCGUUUCUGCCUAGAAACUAUGCUUAUUUGACUUUAGAUUGUCUUGUCCUGUGACUGUCAUGCCUGCCCCUCCACUGGUCAACUGAACAUAUGGAACUAUAAAUGUCAUCUUUUCACUAGCCAACUGUACAUGCUGUCUUCUAUAGCUAAUUAUAAAGUUGAAUGAAAACCUGUAUCUUAGGGACUCAUUAUUUUUGAAAAGACUCCAUUUGUAUACAUUUGCCCUAAUAUAAAAAUUACUGUACAGUUUUCAUUGUCAUUUUACCUGUAUCAAGUAUUUUUUUAAAAUUAUUAAAUAAAUCCUGAUAGGACGGUGUCUCAAUAAUUUAAAACUAUUUACAUUUAAUAUCUAAAGCCAGUGUUUUUUACUUUGAAAAGCUAUCAAUAGCUGCUAAUUUAUCUUUUAUUAAGACUGAUAAAUGGAAGUUCAUAGGAAAACUCAGAAUUUUCAAACUGAAGCUGACUAGAUGCCCAGAAGAUAGUUGCUAUCAUUUUCUCUAAUUUCUGUCUUGGUGAUAAUUCAUCAUCAAAGCCAUACUUCUUUAUCUUUUUCCUUUCCUUUGUGUUUGCAGUUGGAAUCAAAGGCAACUGUAUACUGGCCUAAGUCUAUAAAAGAAUGGUUUUUGAGGCACUGUUAUUUAUUUUACCUACUCCAAAUGGCUUAGGUUCACUUUGUGUGUUACUUCAAACUGUAGUAUUGAAAACAAUCAACACCAUUGUUUUUUGCCUUGUGAACAUAGAUCACAACUUUUGGGUUGAUAUUUUAUCAAAGCCUGUUCCUGGGCCUUUACCGUCUCUUGGAUUAGAGUUGAAAGCACAUCCUUCUAGCUUUCUCUACUUGUUCCUGAGUAGUGUCCUGAUGGAACAUUAUUUCUAUUUUCCUGAGUUUGUAGACACAAAUGAAAAUGAUAUAUUGGGAUAUACUUAAAUGUUCUGUCUCUGAGCUGAGACUGUUAUAAAGAUUAAAUGUAACUAAUUCCAAUAAAAG